GUGGCUCUCUUAUCUUCAAUUUUUGGCUUCUUAUUUCUAAGUAAUAUUUUGUGGAUAAUAUUUUUUAUCGAACCUCUGUAUACUUACUGAAUUCUUUCAAAAGGAAGGCCCCGUCUCUCUUCCUCUUGCAUUACCUUCAGCUGCACAUCAGCCCUACAGGAACUCCCCAAGUGUGAAUAUGAGAAUGGACAAAAAAUCAAGCUCUACAUUUUGAUUGCAUUCCGUGUAAAGUUAGAUCUAAUCAGGGCUCUGCAAUUGACAAGUAGGUGUUGCCUGUAUGGGAGAAUUUGAUAAGGAGAGUGCUUUUCCGAGAACCUCCAAGAAAAAUCAAGCAGGAACAGCCACUAUCAAGAAACGAUGGGUGGCAUUGCCAGUGAAGGAGAAUAAUCCAGAUCAUAUGAAUCAACUUCGUCCUGCUUCAGAGUCUAUGGAGUUCCAAAGGGCAAUCGGUUGCAAAUUCUGCAUGACCAAAGACAGUUGCAGAACUGUGCGAUCAAGGACAAAACUAAUGAACUUUCUGGUAGAAAAGGGAAAGCCACAAGAAGCAGAGUCCAUUUUUUAUAGUUUAAUUGAAGGAGGGCAUAAACCAUCUCUAAUAUCAUACACAACUCUCUUGGCUGCCUUGACCAUGCAGAAGCGCUUUGACUCCAUAUAUCCAAUUAUCUCACAGGUGGAAGAAAAUGGAAUGAAUCCUGAUUCAAUAUUUUUUAAUGCUGUUAUUAAUGCUUUCUCUGAAUCUGGGAACAUGGAGAGUGCCAUGGAAACCUUUUGGAAGAUGCAAGAAAAUGGAAUGAAACCCACUACAAGUACUUAUAACACCUUAAUCAAAGGGUAUGGAAUUGCCGGUAAACCUGAAGAGUCUGUGAAACUACUAGAACUUAUGUCCCAAGAGGGAAAUGUGAAACCCAAUCUCAGGACUUAUAAUGUUCUUGUCAGAGCAUGGUGUAACAAGAAGAGAAUUACAGAGGCAUGGAAUGUAGUUAAUAAGAUGAUAGCUUCUGGGAUACAACCUGACGUGGUUACUUACAACACUAUAGCAACUGCCUAUGCUCAGAAAGGAGCGCUGGAUCAGGCUGAAGGUGUGAUCUUAGAGAUGCAGAAUAAUGGUGUGCAGCUCAAUGAGCGAACUUGUGGCAUCAUCAUGAGUGGUUACUGUAAAGAAGGGAGAAUAAGGGAGGCGUUGAGGUUUGCAUACAGGAUGAAGGAACUUGGCAUCCAUCCUAAUCUUGUUAUAUUUAAUUCACUGAUCAAAGGCUUUGUGGCCAUUAUGGACAGAGAUGGAGUUGAUGAGGUUCUCAACUUGAUGGAAGAAUUUGGAGUAAAACCAGAUGUCAUAACAUUCAGUACCAUCAUGAAUGCGUGGAGCACUGCAGGAUUUAUGGAGAAGUGCAGGGAAAUCUUUGAUGAUAUGGUGAAAGCGGGCAUAGAACCUGAUGCACAUGCAUACAGCAUUCUUGCAAAAGGUUAUGUGCGUGCACAAGAACCAGAAAAAGCUGAAGAACUCCUGACUACCAUGAUUAAAUCUGGAUUCCAGCCAAAUGUUGUAAUUUUCACAACUGUUAUCAGCGGCUGGUGCAGUGCUGGCAAAAUGGACUGUGCAGUUAGGGUUUUUGACAUGAUGUGUCAACGUGGAAUUUCUCCUAAUUUGAAGACCUUUGAGACCCUAAUUUGGGGAUUCGCUGAAGCCAGGCAACCAUGGAAGGCAGAAGAAAUUCUCCAGAUUAUGACAGAAUUUGAGGUUCAGCCUGAGAAAUCAACCAUGUUGCUUGUUGCUGAAGCGUGGCGUGCUACUGGAAUGACAAAAGAGGCAAAUAGACUUCAUGGCACGAUGAACAGAAAGGAAAUGACCAGUCGAAAAGAGGCGUUGGAAAAAGAAAUACCUGUUGGAAACCUAGAGAAGUUGUAUCAAAAGCAAACAGAAGGUGUCCUGUAUUCCAAUAUCUUGCAGAUACCAAGUACAGUUACAAGUGACAUGAAAGGGUCUCCUGCGCCUCUUAGAAAAGGUAGGAUGCUGUUGAGAGAUGCUGAUUUUCCGGUGGAGUGCUCAUGGCUUGCUACAGGAUCCAUGUCUCUUUCUCAUAGUUGUAAAUUUGGGUUAAGGCUACCAAUUAUCUGCCGCAAGCAGUCUCAGGCGCAGCAUGGUCUGUAUGGUCAGCUUGCACAGUCAUGUACAGCGGUGUUCUUGAACUGACGGAAGGCCAAAUACUGUUUUCUUUUGAUUUCCAUGUUCACAUCUCCCACCCGAAGGAAUUUGCCACCAUACUGCUGUAGAUACUUAAAGGAACUUUGUUUGCUUUGGACUUACUACAAUUUAUCUACUCAUAAUUCGUUGAUAA